AGUUACAAAGACAUUGACGCGAUGUCACUGAAAAUAUGGCUAGAUUUAAAAACUGACGUGAUGUAAUAAUGAAAUAGAAAAUAUCAUUCGUCCCACUAUUCUCAUAAGAGUAGAACAAAGAGAAAAUUGUUAUUUUGUGGUGCUGUCCAACAGCGAAGACGAGAACCCUAUUUGAAUACUGACGUAUUGGAUACAUAUAUUCAUUCGUUUUAAAAAAUUCGUGCCAUAUUUCUCAUGUCCUUUGUGGAAUGAACACGACGUUCGGAAAGUUGUCAUUUGCAACUAAACUGUGGGCGUCCUUUCUACUUAUUUUUCUCAAUGUAUUUACAAUUCUAGCCAAUUUACUCGUAAUCGGAAUAGUUUUGGGCAAUCAUCGACUACGCAAGUGCACAAACUAUCUGGUCGUCAACCUGAGCAUUGCAGAUCUUCUGUUCGCGUGCAUUUCGUAUCCGUUUGCCAUUAGGUCCGUUAUAAAUGACAAAGAAAAUACAAAUCACGCUCUGUGUCAAUUUGUCGGUUUUUCCGACUCGUUCUACGCCACUACAGCCUCAUUCACCAUGGCAAUCAUAGCCUACGAACGAUAUUAUUCGAUAAUUCACUGCUUACACUACGAAAAAUGUAUGAUGAACAGGAAUACGAAGCCCGUUAUCGUUGUGGUAUGGGUGACAUCUUUGAUUAUUUCUGUAGUACCUCUGCUGAACUGGGGUACCUAUGGCUACGAAAGGCAUCAGUACAAAUGCACUUUGAAUUUAAAAAAAGACAACGGGUAUUUCUUUUUUAAGAUAAUUAGCACGUUUUUAAUACCGCUCACAGUCAUGUCAGUAUGUUAUAGUUGGAUUUUCGUAGUCGCCAAACGCCAUGCGGCAACCAUAUCCACAAUCGAAAUUCGCGUUCAAAACGAGCUCUUAAAAGGUGGCGUUCAAAAAAGUAUUGUAAAAAAGAAAUAUCACACUGGCACAGUUUUCAUUACAAUUAUUGUUCACGUUAUUUGCUGGCUUCCGAUAAAUGCACUGUAUCUUGUAAAAAAUCUUUCGCCGUCCACGCGUAUUCCCAACCUAGCUAUAUCGAUUAGUUGUUUACUUUCAUUCCUAUCAAGUGGGAUCAAUCCAAUCGCGUACGCCCUUGUCACAGGCAAAUUUCGAAAAGGAUUUAUGAGAAUAAUUAGGAAGGUUCGACUGAGGCGAUCGUCAUUGACUCUUAGGAAAACGUCACCUGCUACAUGGACAUUAUCUAGUGCUCGAUUUUCAAGGCGUGGCUCAACGUCAAACGCUAAAAUCUACCGAAGCGAGAAUAAUUUGGAAAGAGCCGUUGAUGACAGGUCCACAACGGCUAGACAAUCUGGGGCUUUGUUAGACAUUAAGAAACUAGAGAGAGGUCAGCGUGUUCUAAGUCCCAUCGAAGUUAACGUCGACGAUAAUUUUCUCACCGUACCGAGGUAUAUAUUGCCUUCAGAAAGAGUACCGAUUUACAGUGAUGUUCAUCGCAUUGGUAAUACCGAAGAAUGUUGUAAUAACUGAAAACAAAUAUUUUCCAUUGUUGAAUUCAAGUUAAAAUACAAUACUUAGUGAAUACCAAAAGCCAAGUGUAAUCUAACAUGAUGCAGACAUGAGCGUUUUUAUAAAUCUCAACAAUUGGGCUCUCUCGUUUCGAUCAUCAUACUAGAGGUGAUGCGAAAAGCGUUGUCAUAAAACUUUUUGCUGUGAUUGGAUUAUGUCACGUUCGUCCUCGAACUAUUGCCAAGUUUGCAUUACAGCUGUUGAAUCGAUAGACAUAAUUAAUAAAUUAUAAACGUUCUUUAUUCACUAAUAAAAAACACAAAUUCACUAAAAAACAAUUAACUAUUAAGCAUUCAUUAAAACUUGCAGUGUUGGUGUUGUGAAA